AUGGAGUUUCGAAAUAACAACGCGGUGUUCGCGGCAAAGAACGCCAACGCCGCCGCGGCCGGCGGCGGCGCGCGCGGCGGCGCCGCGGGCGGCAGCGGGAGAGCGAAGAAAGGAGGAGGCGCGGACGCCGACGCCGUCGCCGUCGUCGCCGCGGACGCGGCGCGGCGACUGCGGGACGCGGAGGACGACGCGAACGCGCCGAGAAGAGGCGGCCGAGGGUUCUUCGCGACGAAAGGGAAGAACGUGCGAUCCGAGGCGUCGUUAACGUCGUUAGAUCUCGCGGACGAGGACACCGUGCGCGAGCUCCUCGGGAGGCUGCCGGUGGGGCAUCAAAACGAACGCGCGGCGCUGCAACGCGAGCUCGAGAAGAAUUACUCCAGGUGGUGGCAGCUCCUGCAGUCGGAGUUCUCGCUCCUCUUGUACGGGUUCGGGUCGAAGAAAGCGCUCAUGGAGGACUUCGCGAUGAAGACGCUGACCGACGGCGGCGUCGUCGUCGUGAACGGGUACCACGCCGGUCUCACCGCGAAGAGCAUCCUCGUCUCCGCGGCGGCGGCGCUGGCGGCGACGAAGACCGAGGCGGAAAAUUUGCACUCGACGUCGAACGAGAGCUUACUCAGACGGAUAUCCACCCUGGCCGUCGUCGGCGCCGCCGCCGCCGCCGGCGACCUCGUCGUCGAGCGCUCGCCGCGGAGGCUCUACAUCGUGCUGCACAACGUCGACGGCGCGCCGCUGCGAAACGCGGAGUCGCAAGCGCUCCUCGGCGAGCUCGCGGCGAUGCCGAGGGUGCACAUCAUCGCGAGCGUGGACCACGUCAACGCGCCGUUGCUGUGGUCGAAACGAGAGGCUGCGAGGUUCAACUGGGUGUGGCAGCGGGCGACGACGUUCGCGCCGUAUCACUUGGAGACGGCGAACGUCCCGCAGCUAUUGGCGUCCAAGGGGGAAGAGCGGCACGUCAGAGGCGCAUCGAACGUGCUGCGAUCGCUGACGUCGAACGCGCGGGAUAUAUUCCGGCUGCUCGCGGAGCAUCAGCUGCAGCAUCCGGACGAGCAAGGGUGGAAGUUUCACGCGUUUUACACCGCGUGCAGAGAGCAAUUCUUCGCGACGUCGGAGGUGACGCUGCGGUCGCACCUCACGGAGUUUACGGAUCACGAGCUGACGCGGUAUAAACGCUCGAACGACGGCGAGGACCUCGUCGUCAUCCCGUUCGCGGCGGACAUAUUAGGGCAGCUCCUGAAGGAGAUUCACGGCGUUUAA